UGUGCGUCUGAGAUGCUGACUGGGUACCCCCAGAUCUGCGAAGUGAGUGUGGUAGUCUCCAAAAAGCUGGGUUUCUGUUCUUACGUAAGAAAAACGGCCAGUAAAGAGAUGAAGCGAAAGAUAAAGGGAGUGAGAGACCCCGCGGGUGGUUGGGACGGGGUCCCAGGGAGUGGUUGGACCCCUUUUUGAAGGGAGCUGAGGGCUUUCCAGUAAAAUCCACUGGGAAAUGGGAUAAAAAGGAGGCGCAGGGGCCCCUAAUUUUUUUUUUGCCAGGUUGAGGGUUAGAAAAUCCAAGAAAUUUAGAAAAUUUGAGAUUUCAAAGAAAAUGUACCAUUUUUUUGUGUAUUGUCUUGAGGUGAGUGUGGAUGAGUGAAAGUAUACUUGUUCUGGAGUUCAAGUUUAUAUGUUUUCGAGAGGUGAAUUGUAUUGCUGAAGAAGCGGGGGGGGGGGGGGGGGGGGGGCAGUGAAAGAUGUUUGGGCUGUUGAGGAAAUGGACUGGAGAAGAGAAUCAGAGACCAGGGUGGAAUUCUGAGCAAAUAGGACAAAGAACUGAAGAAUCAGGUUUGCAGAAAGAAGGGGUUGGGGGAGGGUUGAAGAUAUCAGAAACCCCGGAGACGGAGUGGGCAAAGAGGAGGAGGGAGGGGGGCUGGAACUCCCUUGAGGUGUUGUCCAUGGCUCCCGCCUGGCCCCUGCAGCCUGCGCUGCCCACGCUGCAGCCCCGGGUGGCCGUGCUGCCUGCAGCUGCGCCACCUGCACCACUGCCUGUGUCAUCUGUGCAGCCGCUGCUCGCGGCUCCACCGGCGCCCGCCACAGCCCAGGCCAUGCCGCUGUCCGCUGCUGCCCCAUCUGCCUUGGUCCUGGCGGCGCCAGGGUUUCCGCCCACAUUGGUCUCUGUCGAGCUCCCAGCACCUGCGCAGCCGUCUGUCCUCCCCGCUUGUGCUGCGGCCAGAGCCACCGGUAGAGGGGGCUGCCUCGGCCCUACUGCGGGAGGCACCGCAGCCGCUCUGCUGACCCCAUCGGGGGUCCCGUCUGUUCCGAACGCAUGGUCCGCGGCAAUUCCACCGGAUGCCCCACAGGUAUUGCUAACAACUUAAGCUGCAAAUAUGGAUCAAUGCCAGCAAGAUCAAGAGACCUGUGAAAGAACCUAAGAAUGAACUAUAACAUCUGAACCAGGUGAUACCAAGUUGAAUUUUAAACAGGACUGGGUAAUAAUGAACUGGAAAAACCUCAAUAAUUCAAAAAUUGAACAAAGAACUUUCUCUGUUUCACUUCUCUGCGUAACACUUAGAAAUCAGUGGAAAACA